UCAGAUUAUGGGUGCUUGGAGUGCGUACCAGGCAGGCAAGAAACAAGAAGCAACGCCACCGAGCCAGCAGCACAGUAGUGAAUCAAUAGAUUACUGAACGAACGAACAUUCUCUCUCUCUCUCUCUCUCACACACACACACACAACACAAAUAGAUUUUCAAGGGAAGGAUCCUUAACCUUACGUCCUACAUCUCCCUAAUUUUCUUCUCUAUCUUUCUUUUCCACGCGAUUCCCGCCAUCACUAAACCCAAUCAUUUUUCCAUUCCAUCUCUUUCCUUUCCACUUCCAUCCUCACAUUUUUUCCCCCUCAUCGUAAUUCAAAUUAUCCCUUCAUUCACUUUAUUUCACCUUAUUCUUUCUUUCUUUCAUUCAUUCAUUUCGUACCAAAUUCUCUCACAUUUUCGUUUCCUGAAUUACAAAACAUGGACGAAUUCGGUGUGUUAACGGAAAGAUUCGGAUUAAAACCGCAAGGAAAAUCGGCUCCAAUGGCUUCAUCAAAGCGAUCCACACCAACAACCGUUUCAGAUUCUCACUUCGGAUCCUUCGGAACCGGUUCGGGUUCAAAUCCAAUGUCUCCACAAAACGGAUCCAGAUCUCCACAGUAUUCCGCUUUCGAUUACGACGUUUUCGCCAGCAGUGAUAAGAAAACACAGAGUUCCGGGGGUUUUGGCGAUGACAUUGACCAGAUUUUCGGUGGAAUAUCCAAAUCGCAUGUCGGCAACGGAGUUUCAAUUGACGAUGAUCCCAUAUUCGGUGGUUUGAAUAACUCGGUUUCAACUCCUUCGUCGCCGCCGGUUUAUGUAGAUGAUAUAUUUGGUGGUGUGAAUGAAAAAAGUGUUGGUGUUGAUGAUCUACUUGAUAAGAUUGGUGGAUUACAUACAAACGCUAAAAGCUCGAUCAACCAAUCGCAUGGUUUUGAUGACUUGUUGGGUGGGUUUGGUGUAAGCAGCGCUUCCAAUAAUGGGAAAGCAAGUAAUGAGAUGAAUAAGCCUCGUAAACCAACAGUUACAUCUCAUGAUGAUCCAUUUUUAGUAUUUGAAACUACUUUAAGCACAGCAUCUUCAGAAUCAUUCCUGGACUCAUUAGAACAAAUGAGUAAGUUGAAUAAUUCUAAAGGUACAAGUGGCAGCUCCAGUACCUCCCCAUUAUUGAGGCCUCCACCUAAGUCAGCGAAUGCUUCAAACUCAAUUAACAACUCAAGUAUAUCAUCAUUAGAUGAGCUUGAGAACUUUGCCAUGGGACGGGUGCAGAAUAAUGCUAGUAGAAAGACAAAUACCAACACUGGUGAGAUUAAGCAAAGCUCAGCAGCUAAGACCAACAAAGAUAAAGGGUCUCCAGCUACAAGAGUGAAUCAAUUAAAUGGCGCAGACGAUCUUGAGUCCUUUUUCAGCAUGGGUUCUCGAUCAAACAGUGUACCAAAGUCAAGGGCUGCUACUAUGGAUCCUAUGUUUGAUCGCCAAGUAAACAGUAAAGGAAAACCUGAAGGGUCACAAAAAGUGCCGUCAGGGUCCCCAGCCAAUGCAAAGAAAUCUUCAUUCACGACAUCUUUUGAUGACUUGUCAUUGAUUUUUGGCGCUUCCCCGUCAUCUCAAUUCGAGGAAGUGGAAGGUGAAACUGAAGAAAGGAGAAAAGCGAGAUUGGGACGUCAUCAGAGAACACAAGAGCGAGCGUUGAAAGCAGUGGCAGAUAUGAACCAGCGUGACCUUGAAUCUAAGAUGGAGCAAGAAGAGAGACGUAGAAUCGCUGAUACUAUGGAUGUUCAGAUAAAAAGGUGGGCUGCAGGAAAAGAAGGCAAUAUGCGGGCACUGCUGUCGUCAUUGCAAAACGUUCUUUCGCCAGAUUAUGGGUGGCAACCAGUGUCUCUGACAGAUAUGAUUACUUCUGCUUCGGUGAAAAAAGUGUAUAGAAAAGCAACUUUAUGUAUUCACCCAGAUAAAGUCCAACAGAAAGGUGCUAACCUUGAACAGAAAUAUACCGCCGAGAAGGUUUUUGAUAUCCUCAAGGAAGCUUGGACCAAGUUCAAUGCAGAAGAGCUUUCCUAAAUCCAUCUUUUGAGGCCUUUGCGACGACUUGCACUGUUUCAGUUUGAGGCUAUUUACUUGCCUCGUUGGUGCCUUAUAUAUUGUUUUGGUGCAGCUGAAGAUUGUUACUUUACAUGUAAUAUUACAUGGUGUCAUUUGGCUGCAGAUUCUUUGUCCUAACGAUGUUGAGGGUUGUAAUGUAAGUUAUCUUACGUUGUAAUUCGGGUUAAUGUACAAAUUUAAUAUACUCCUUUAACUGUCUAGACACGCCUACCUAAAAUUCAGUCAGCCCCCUCAAAUUGUGAAGACAAAGGCUUUUAUAUAUUUAGAUUUUUCUUGACGAGAUGUAUUUAGAUUGUUAGAUAUGCAAAGUUGCAUACAUAAUUUAUUUGCGGGAAUGGGGAUAAUUCAAUCAUAGACUUGUAAUUAGGUUUUAUUUUAUUUAUGAAUAUAAAUGUUUCGGUUGAUAUUUUA